AUGAUCCUGGCAUCCCAGUCGGUCUUCUUCACCUGCAUCUGGGUCACUUUGAUGCCAAAUGCUUUUGCUGCUGCUGAAAUCGAGAAGCUCCAGCAGCGGUGCUCCUCUUCGGUGACUCGGACCCGCAAACAAGAAACCAGAAUGAGGAAAGAUGACAGUACCAAAGUGUGGCCCCUAAAAUAUGAGCAACUUCUCCACAUAGAGGACCACGAUUUUGCAAUGAGACCUGGAUUUGGAAAGUCUCCAGUGCCGGUGGGUAUAGAUGUCCAGAUUGAAAGUAUCGACAGCAUUUCAGAGGUUAACAUGGACUUUACGAUGACUUUUUAUCUCAGGCAUUAUUGGAAAGAUGAAAGACUCUCUUUUCCUAGCACAACAAACAAAAGCAUGACCUUUGAUCAUAGAUUGAUCAAAAAGAUUUGGGUGCCCGAUGUCUUUUUUGUCCAUUCUAAAAGAUCCUUCAUCCAUGAUACGACUGUGGAGAACAUCAUGCUGCGUGUCCGCCCUGAUGGAAAUGUCCUCUUCAGUCUCAGGAUAACUGUUUCAGCCAUGUGCUUUAUGGAUUUCAGCAGGUUUCCUCUUGACACUCAAAAUUGUUCUCUUGAACUGGAAAGCUAUGCCUACAAUGAAGAGGAUCUCAUGCUAUACUGGAAACAUGGAAACAAGUCCUUAAAUACUGAUGAGCAUAUUUCCCUUUCUCAGUUCUUCAUUGAGGAGUUCAGUGCAUCCAGUGGAUUUGCCUUCUAUAGCAGCACAGGUUGGUAUAACAGGCUUUUCAUCAACUUUGUGCUAAGGAGGCAUGUUUUCUUCUUCGUGCUGCAAACCUAUUUCCCGGCUAUGUUGAUGGUGAUACUGUCAUGGGUUUCAUUUUGGAUCGACCGAAGAGCUGUUCCUGCAAGAGUUUCCCUGGGAAUCACCACGGUGCUGACCAUGUCCACGAUCAUCUCUGGCAUGAGCGCCUCCAUGCCCCAGGUGUCCUACAUCAAGGCUGUGGACGUGUACCUUUGGGUCAGCUCCCUCUUUGUGUUCCUGUCAAUCAUUGAGUAUGCAGCCGUGAACUACCUCACCACAGUGGAAGAACGGAAACAAUUCAGGAAGACAGGAAAGAUUUCUGGAAUGUACAACAUUGAUGUUGUUCAAGCUAUGGCCUUUGAUGGCUGUUACCAUGACAGCGAGACUGACCUGGACCAGACUUCCAUUUCUCUCCACUCAGAAGAGGACUCCAUUCGAGGAAGAUUCACAGGCAGCCCCAGUGCAGAUUCACCUCGGAUAAAGAGAAGGAAAUCCUUAGGAGGGCACACUGGCAGAAUCAUUCUGGAGAACAACCAUGUCAUCGACACCUAUUCAAGGAUUUUAUUUCCCAUUGUGUACAUUAUCUUUAAUUUGGUUUACUGGGGUAUAUAUGUGUGAAGAGGAAUCCCCGAUGUAUAAAACUUGUGUUGGAGUCAGCGUAUAUUCAACAACAACGACAACAAACGACUCUUGACAAAAAUUUGGACAGUACUAGAGUGAACUAAAUAUCAGCCAGUUACAUCUUCUGGUCUAAAGAAGAUGUGAAAGUUGACUGAUUUACAUCAGAGUUCAAGGUUGUAGGAGAAUUUGGCUCCAUAAAUA